AUGGCGCGGGAAGCGGCGGCGGGGGCGGUGGAGAUGGCGCAGGGGUCGAUGAAGAAGAAGGCGGGGGCGGGGGCGGCGAGGAGCUGGAUCCUGUUGGAUGCGAAUGGGGAGGGGACGAUUAUGGACGUGGACAAGUACGCGAUCAUGCACAGGGUCGAGAUCCACGCGCGGGAUCUGAGGAUUUUGGAUCCCCUGUUGUCGUACCCUUCCACGAUCUUAGGGCGGGAGAGGGCGAUCGUUCUCAACCUCGAGUAUAUUAAAGCGAUCAUCACUGCUGAUGAGGUGUUGCUUAGGGAUCCUACGGAUGAUAAUGUGAUCCCAAUAGUUGAGGAGCUUCGCAGGCGCUUACCUCCUGCUAGUGGUGCUCGCCAAGCACAAGGUGAAGGGAAGGAGCAACAUGAUGUAGAAGCUGCUGAGGAGGAUGAAUCUCCAUUCGAGUUUCGUGCUCUAGAGGUUGCUUUAGAAGCAAUCUGCAGCUUCCUUGAUGCACGUACCACGGAGCUGGAGACUGCUGCCUACCCUGCAUUGGAUGAGCUAACUUCCAAGAUUAGUAGCCGUAACUUGGAUCGGGUUAGAAAGUUGAAGAGUGCAAUGACAAGGUUGACUGCUCGGGUCCAGAAGGUAAGAGAUGAGCUUGAACAAUUACUGGAUGAUGAUGACGACAUGGCAGAUCUUUACUUGUCAAGAAAGAUGGCCGGGGCUGCUUCUCCUGUCAGCGGCUCUGCUGCAUCCGGUUGGUACCCUGCCUCACCUACAAUAGCCUCAAAGAUAUCUCGGGCAAGCAGGGCAAGUGCAGUAACAUUACAUGGAAAUGAGAAUGAUGUCGAGGAGUUGGAAAUGUUACUUGAGGCGUACUUCAUGCAGAUUGAUGGAACAUUGAACAAAUUGACCACUCUGCGUGAGUAUAUUGAUGACACAGAAGACUACAUCAAUAUUCAGCUCGACAACCAUCGAAAUCAAUUGAUUCAGUUGGAGCUAUUCUUAAGUUCAGGAACUGUAACCCUCUCUUUGUACUCAUUGGUUGCCGGCAUAUUUGGGAUGAAUUUACCCUACUCGUGGAAUCAAAACCAUGCAUACGUCUACAAAUGGGUGGUCCUCGUCGGUGGACUUGGUUGCGCCCUUUUCUUUGUCUUGAUUAUUGCCUAUGCUCGCUACAAAGGCCUCGUCGGGUCUUGAUUGCCCACAGAGCCGUACCCAAUUUUACGGCAGAACAGUUUCAUAUUAUCAUUGAAAAGAUUAAAUCACCUCCUACCUGCUUCAGAAGAACAUGCUCUUCUUGUGGUUAUGUUUUCAUUGAUCAUCAUUCGGAUGUACACUUUUCCUCUGUAGUCUCCUACAAGUUGUUCGCGGCUUCAUCCAGUUAACAGAUUCAAGUUGGGGACAACGCAUUCAUCUCAUUCCCAUUAGCUAUUCGAUACUGACAAUUUUGGUAUGAAAGUCGAUGUUGAGCAGUAAGAGGGAAAAAUGUUGUAUCAGUUCAUUCAUGAUUGGUCGAUUUGUAAGGUUUUUUCAUGGUAAUAAAAAUGGGAACAGGGUCGUAGUAGCUCAUAUAAACUUAGUGUAAUCUAAGACAUUAUAUAUUUAUAGAAUUUGGAUGGAAUACUAUUAAUAACAUCAAGUCAUUGAUGCAAUUAA